AUGUCACACAGGUGGCCGGCCGAGCCGGCGUACGACACGCAAUAUACUCGCGUGCGCGCGCCACCCAUGGAGCCUGUGAGUGCUUCAACCUACACCCACAGCCGAUCGAGGACGACGUCGUCGAAUACUUUCCCCGCCGGCAUGCAAGAGUCGUACCAGCAAAAUCCUUACCCGCAACAGCAGAUGCAGCACCUUGCCCAACCCUCGAUGGGCCACCACCAAAGGCGCUCGCCUAGCGUGAACACUUUCAGCACCGUCUCCAGCGGCGGGAUGGGCCCCCCGCCGUCUUACAGGACCUCGCCCACCCUCGACGUCAGGAGAUCUACCUCAGGUCGGUCUGCGGCAACCUCCAGCUCGCCACAAUCCGGCUAUGUUGCACUACUCCGGCGGCAGAAGGCCACGGUGUGGUGUGACCGCGCGCAGUACGAAGACCCCAGGUUACAAGCGCAGCAGAAGGCUGCCAAGAUGCGGGCUACUCGUGAGGUCGUUGGAGCGGGCAGCGGGUUGGGGCUGGGUCUCAUGGGCGCGAGCCGUACUUCCACUGGCCUUAGUUCGACCGGUGGCAAGGUCGCGGCCAAGAUCCGGCAUCACGGGAAACCCACGGUUAUCGGUUACUCCCCCGGCAGCAACUACAAUGGUGUUGGAGGGGUUCCUCUCCGCCUGAGUGCGACCGAGGUAGAAGGCGAGGAGAGCGAGGAAGAGGACUCCACCGCCGCACAGCGACUACACCACCGGCGGACCGGCAGCUCCGGGCGCAACAGCACCGCCAGCGGCCGAAGAGCCAUGGCGUACCGUACCUCCGGAGGCCUCGGCCCCGCUGGUGGAGCCACGAAGUGGAGCCCGAGCGAUACCCCCGAGCGAACGGGAUCCUUGGUCGACGACAAAAUGGCCGGCCACGGCACCCCUCCCAUGGACGACGCGGCCAGCGGCAAGGCGAGGAGUUUCGGCAGUGGGAGCAGCGGCGAGCGGCUGGACAAUGUCCCCGAACUCAGCGGCAACUCGGCCCAUCUAGCAAACAACAGCAUGAAGCACGCUACGGUGACACGCGAGAAGAGCGUUAAGAACGUCGAGGAGCUGAAGCGCCGUGGUAGUGUGGAUGAGCGGACCAUGACGCUUUCUACUGGCCGGCUGUACAUUGCCAACCCUGAUUAA